GCGGCUGCGGGUACCCGGCGGGCUCCGCUCGGCCGCCGCCGCCUUCUUCGGCUCCGCCGCGGGGGUCGCAGCCGGUGCCGCGCCGUCCUCGAGCUCCCGGCGUGAGGAGGCGGCGGGCAGAGAGAAGCGUCGCGCUCCAGGCGGAGACCCAGAGGCAGCCCCGCGCCCGGCCUCGCUCACUGCUAUGGACAGUGCGAUCACCCUGUGGCAGUUCCUCCUGCAGCUCCUACAGGAGCCUCAGAACAAGCACAUGAUCAGCUGGACCUCUAAUGAUGGGGAGUUCAAGCUCUUGCAGGCAGAAGAGGUGGCUCGUCUCUGGGGGAUCCGUAAGAACAAGCCUAAUAUGAAUUACGACAAACUCAGCCGAGCUCUCAGAUACUAUUAUGUAAAGAAUAUCAUUAAAAAAGUGAAUGGUCAGAAGUUUGUGUACAAGUUUGUGUCUUACCCAGAGAUUUUGAAAAUGGACCCCCUGACCGUGGGCAGGACCGAGGGAGACUGUGAGGUCGUGAGCUGCAGCGAGGUGGGCAGCGGCUCCAGGGACGCCGAGAGCGGGGUCAGAGAGAAGCCCCUGCAGCCCGGGGCCCGGGCCUCUAGCCGCAAUGACUACAUCCACUCCGGCUUGUAUUCUUCCUUCACGCUCAACUCUUUGAACUCCUCUAACAAGAAGCUUUUCAGACCUAUAAAGAUCGAGAGUCCGGCUGAGAAGCUGGCAGAGAAGAAGCCGCCCCAGGAGCCAACACCGUCUGUCAUCAGAUUUGUAACAACGCCUUCCAAGAAGCUUCCAGUUGAACCUGUUGCUGCCACCGCGUCGGCCAGCCCGGGCAUUUCUCCGUCUUCGGAAGACCCUCUCCGAGCCUUGGAGACUUUGGCUUCCCCCAGACUGCCCGCCCUGGAAGCCCCGGCCUCUGCCCCCAGCGGCCCCGCCACCUUUUCCGCAUCCCCCGGGCCCUCGGCCUCCCCUUCUGUGCAGGAGCCCCCGAGGACACCUUCGCCACCACUGAGUCCGCACCCUGACCUUGACACCGACCUCGAGUCAGUGGCGUCACAGCCCAUGGAGCUUCCAGAGAACUUGUCACUAGAACCUAAAGACCAGGAUUCGGCUUUGCUGGAAAAGGACAAAACAAGUAAUUCCUCAAGAUCCAAGAAACCCAAAGGGUUAGAGCUGGCGCCCAUCCUGGUGAUCACGGGCAGCGACCCGAGCCCGCUGGGGAUAUUGAGCCCGUCUCUCCCCACGGCUUCUCUGACGCCAGCCCUUUUCUCACAGACGCCCAUCUUGCUGACUCCCAGCCCCUUGCUCUCCAGCAUCCACUUCUGGAGCACUCUCAGCCCUGUCGCUCCCCUGAGUCCAGCCAGACUGCAAGGUGCUAACACACUCUUCCAGUUUCCUUCUGUGCUGAACAGCCAUGGACCGUUCACUGUGUCUGGCCUGGAUGGACCACCCACCCCCGGCCCAUUUUCCCCAGAUUUACAGAAAACAUAACCUAUGCACUUGUGGAAUGAGAGAACCGAGGAAUAAAGAAACAGAGAGACAGUCAACAUGAUUACCUUUGAAGUGAGCGGUUAAUAGUUCUACAAUGCUAAUAAUAGACUAUUGUGAUUUUUGCCAUUCCCCAUUGAAAUGCCUUUUUAAGAUUCCCUUUGAAUAUGACUCAAGUUGGACUGUAUAUAAAAAUGCCUUAAUUGGA